ACAGUGCUGCCCUCGUCCGUUCUGGUCCUCAUCCAUUGGUUCGCAGCUUCUCUCAGGGCAGUGCUACAAAUCCUGUCACCUCCCUGCCUCCCGCCCAGGACAGAAAGCGCUAGGAGCUCAGGCUGGCUCCAGCUCAGGCAGGAGCGCAGCGGUGGGAGCGCAGCAGGACAGGCUCGCAACGCACCAGGCAUCUAGACAAGGGACUGGAGAAGCGGCGGAUCCGUGAGCACCCCGAGUCCAGCGCAGAGCCCCACAGAGUUGCUGCGGCAUUCAUCUACACCCUUUGCAGCUGCUGCAGCUCAGGAGUGCUCCGGAGCUCACCCCAGCUAAAGAGCGACUGAAAAACGGCGAGAUGGGCCAGGGGCUCGGAACUCUGUCCUGGUAGCAACAACCAGAAGCGGGAACGCCCGAGGUGCGGGGUUGCCGAGGCUAAACCUCUGGAGCAGCGGACGACCCCGCUCCCACCCCCGGAGUCUCAGUGACCUAGCCGCCUGCUGGGCACCGAGUCUUCCUCAGGUGCGCGCAGUGGGGCAGGAGGGGAAUGCCAUGGGGGCGCUGAGCGGCGCCAGUCUGCCGCAGAAGUGAGGUGGUCCUGCCGGGGUCGGCAGGACUCGCGGACCAUGUACGGCGACGUGUUCAACGCCACCAGCGGCCCGGAGGUGGCGGGAAGCGGCGCGCUGGCCCCGGGAGCCACGGUUAAGGCAGAGGGUGCUUUGCCUCUGGAGCUGGCCACUGCGCGUGGAGUUCGGGACGGCUCGGCCACCAAGCCUGACCUGCCCACCUACCUGCUGCUCUUCUUCCUCCUGCUGCUGUCGGUGGCUCUUGUCGUCCUCUUCAUCGGCUGCCAGCUGCGCCACUCGGCCUUUGCUGCGCUGCCCCACGACCGCUCGCUGCGCGAUGCCCGUGCGCCCUGGAGAACGCGGCCCGUAUAGAGCAGACUGAGUCAGGGCCUCUAGGCGCUUGGUCUUGGCCUCGCAGAGCCUCCAGCAGAAGCAGGGAGUCGCUGGCCCCUGGAACACUUCGCCUGGACCUAAAGACCCUUUCGGACCUGAAGAAAUAAGGGAUGGCGGGAGAGCCGUUAAGAGGUCGUGUGGUGUCCUGGUCCAGGUGACUGAAAGUACUCCCCAGGAGAGUGGCUCCUCCGUCCCAUAUAGCGGGCCCUGCCAGGAAACCAUCCAGAAAGAGGAGUGCCCACCCGGAUGGACGAUGGACGCAGGAGCCUGGCCUGCCUGGUGAGUUCCUGACUUUGCUCGCAGAGGGGCAGCAGGCACCGCGAGUGAGCGCGGGACUAUCGAGGAGCUGCUUGUCCGAACUGGACUUCCCGGCCCUAUGGCCGUCUCCCUGCAGCUGCUACCAACCCUCCUGCUCUUUGACCCUGGGGAUCCGAUAGAGAAAUGAUGCAAGGUUUCAUUGUGUCCAGCUCGGGUUCAAGUACCCAGUUUCCUUUAAGAGCGAGGGCCAAGGGGCCCGGUGGAGGGGCAAAUGGUCACAGCUGCAGGGUGCUGCGAAGGAGAGUCUGCACCUCAUGCCACCACGGGCCAUAUUUCUACAAUAAAAACUCAUCAAAUUAAUUAAAUCCAGCGCUGAGAACACUGAUCAUUGGUCACACCAUUUUGGAAAGGGAAGAUGAGUGGGUCCAUCCCCAUCUCCUUUCCUGCAAGGGCCAGGUUGGUGUGAGCAUAUGGCCUCCUCUCUGGUUUUCCCCAGCAUUUUACUUGCUCUGGAAAGUGUUUGUUUUGUUUGUUUUCUGGCAGACUCCAGGGAUAACUUCCAUCUGACCUGCUGAAUAAAUUCCUGCUCACAGGACCCCAUGGAGACCCUCUCUGUGAAGUAGGUCCUUCCCUCACACCUUUGCUCUCAGAAUUUGGGGGAGCCUGAAGCUCCUGAAGCCAGGGGUUGGUGAAGGUAGGUCCUGAAAGUGGGGAGACAGCACUUCCUCCCAAGCAGACAGAAGCCAGCCCUGAGAACCCCAAAGAAACCGAUGCAUGGGGGUGAGGACAAAGAAUCAGAGGGUGAGGAGCUAGGUCCAUGACGACCUUGGCUAUUUUCAAAGUUUGCCUGAUUCCAGGGAGGCGGUUUGUUUUUGAGCCAGGGUCUCACAGCCCCGGCUGGCUUGCAACUCAACGGAGGUCUACCUGCCUCUGCCUCUUGAGAGCUGUGAUUAAAGGCAUGGGCUACCAUAGCAGGCCAGGAAGUUAUUUUAAUGGGCAGGUAAACUACUUCCAGGAGCCACUUGGCUUAAAGAAGUUCACUUCACUUGAGCUUCAGAGAUGUUUUUUACUGAAGAAGAAUUUGACAUGUUAAUCCAGUUAAUGCUAAACCAUGCUGGAGUCAUGGGAGCUUUGAGAAUCUGAAGCAGGAAAGCACAUUAACCCAAAUGCACAGAGAAUUCUGCAAUUUAUAGGGAUUUAAGACAUGUUCUGAUGGCCAAACAGGAGGCUCCGGGAGACUAAGCAGGGCUCUCCACCACGCCUCCUACGCCUAUCCGAGGAAGUUGGGGAGGUAGCAGGAGGAACUAGGAAAGCAGCGUGGUUACUCACAGCCAGGAUCUAGAGCUCCCUACUCCAAGAUAUCCUCAAAGCAUUUUAGAUUAUUAUUUAGAAAUGGAGCCAAACAUCUCCAAGCCUUCUAUAAGAAUAGCCCAGCUAAUCCACAUGCAACUUGGUUGCAGAGGAGACUCCGUGAGCAUAGAUAUAUAAACCACAAGCCCCUAGCUGGCAUACUAAAAUCACGUGCAUGGGGCUGGGGACUAGGAGGGGUAGGGAUGGCAUGUAGGAGCAGGACAUUCCUCUACUGCAUCCCAGUGGUCAGCUUUGAAGGUGGUAUGCCGAGUCAGAGUCCACACUCCAUUUUGACCCUCCAGUUUCAUGUGCCAACUUGUCUCUCAAAAGCCAUAUGACCUUGUAUGAACUAUUUAACCUAUGUCCUGUGGCCUCUUCUGUGAAAUGAGUAUGGUAUCACCUAGCUCUUCCAGGUAGCAUACUAAACCAGUGUAACAGACUGAACAAUGCUUGCACAAAAUGAGUUAUCAAAUGUUAACUAUUCUUAAAUUGAGAUACAGACUUGAGGCAGUGCUGCUGAGUGGGAAGCUGACUCCCAGACAAGGUGUGCUCACCAGACUUCUGUGGCCACAAGAAAGAGCAAUGGCUGGCCCCCUCAGAAGAGCAUGCCUGAGUAACAGGCUACAAAGUUAGUUACCUGUGGUUCCUGGACCACUAUCAGCUAUAGCCACAGUGAUCCAGUACCAUUGGGAUCCCUUCAUAAAAUAUUGAGCAUGGUGACACAUCUCUGACUCCAGAACAUUGCAGUGGCUACUUGCAAUAGAUGCUCCUGGAAUACAUUCUCAGAUCAUUGGGCCUACGUGGAGCUGGAAUCUAGAAAGCAAGCUGAGUCGGAAAGAGCGUCAUGUGCCAGCACUGCUAUUCUGAAUAACUCCAUUCCAUUCCCUAAGGUAGUGGUGGGCUAGCUGAGCAGUAAUGUUUCUUCCUUAUGUUGGACUGGGAUUCUCCAGGAGCAGCAGGAUGUAGCCGAGUUCCCAUCUGUUCUCUGCUAAUAUGCAAGCAAGUGGUCUAUAAUGUGAUGACUACAAUUUAGUAUUGUAUACUGAGUGAUAUGUAUGUUCUCCCCAAAUUCAUUAUGUUGAGGUCCUGAUUCCCAGAAUGGCUGCAUUUACAGGGAACUGGAGCUUCAUGAAGACAUGGAUGAAGCCCUCAUCCAUAUCUCGUUCUCUGUAGCUGAGGCUAUGUGAGCACAUACAGAGAUGCUGGCCAUCUACAAACCCUCAUGAGAAACCGACUUAACCAGAGCCUUGAAACUGGACUUCUAGCUUCCAGAACUAUGGGAAAAUAAAUUCUUGUUUAAUCUAUCAAAUAUGGCAUUUUGUUCCGGCAGCUAGAAACAAACACAUACACCUUUCUUCCUUUGCUAUCCUAAUCCCAAACUGUAAUGGAAAUAAUUUAAGAGGCCUGGGUGUGGCGGGUUAAAAACUGGAAGUGACCCUGUCAUGGGUGUUUAUGCCCUCCUGCUCAAACAGCCCCUGGAAGCAGAAGCAUUAGCAAAAAGACAUUCUGACAGGGUGAGGAGGGAGGGAACAUGGGGGCUGGAGAGAAUGGGAACCAGGGAGAGACAACAAUGGGGACCAAGAGCCUGAGUUCUGGAGCUAGAUGGCGAGCUGAGUUUGAUCACACACUCUAUACCCAAAUCACAUCCGAGAGUCUCUGAAGCCUGUUUCCUCGGCUGUAAAAUGCAGAGAGUACCUACCUUGUGGGACUUUCAACAGACAUUUCAGGUCAAGUGCUCAGCUUAUGUUGGAUAUGUCGGAAGUGCUUGAAUACGAGCUAUUGUUGUGGUUAGUAGGGAUGCUGGCUCCAGAAGUGCUUGCCGCAGGACAAACAAACUGCUUCCCACAAGAGACUUGCAGUCUUCUCAUCCACAUAGCACAAGGGAGCUAGAGGUCUGCACUUCCAGCAUGUCUGCCUAAGUCAGAGGCAGCUGGACCUCAUCUAUUCUCAUGGUUUCCGGUGCUCCUCAGAGGGCCCUCUCCACCACAGCUGAGCUGCUUUGUGCCCCAGCUGGGCAUCUUACAGGAGAAUUUGAGUCUAAGACCCAUCACCUUUCUAUCUCAAUUUAAAGGGUCUUCAGUAUUCUCAAUCUCAAUGUUAACUGCAUCAGCACAUGACUGCCCAAGGUUAAUUAAAAAAGAGGAUGGUCAUUUCGUUUGCUCAUAUGCUCAUGUUACCUGCUCAACGCCCUUCUACCCUACCCCAUCAGAUCCCUCACCUCCACUACUGCCACUCAACCUAGAGCACGACAACCCCUUUCUUCCGCCUCCAAGCACAUGUAUCUGAUGGCAACAUCUGCUUCCAGUCCCGCUCACACUCUAAUGGCUUCUCCUUUCUCUCUGGAUUAAAAACAACUUGGCCCACAAGGCCUAAAACCUUCUGGCCCACAACCAGCCUCCCUCCCUCAUAUCCUCUUCAACUUGAAACCCUUUAGUCCCUAGGAACCUUCUGCAUUAUGCUGCCUCCUCGUCCCUCUGGCUAAUGUCUUCUAAUCCUUCUGAUUUUCAAUCUUUGUCAAAAAGGACAUGCCUGAGCUGCCUGGGCUGAUCAGUUCUAUUCUCGGCUAACCCAGUCAUCGGGAAGAUGACUUCCAAGGAUAUUAACUCAGCUGAACAGAACAAACUACAUUUAUGAGAGCACAGCACUGCCCAUUCCCCACUGUCUCCCUUUGGGCUCAUUACCUCAUUCUACACUCUGGAAGUGGUCAUUUCCAACUCGGUGUAUUCUGACCUCAAUUCCAGACUCAAGUGUUUUCUCCUCUCUUAUGUCCCUAAUGAGAGUUAUGACAUGACUAUAAUUAGCCUGUUUCUUCCCCACAAUUGCAUGCAGUCAUCUGCGAUCAAGACAUCUGUCUUGCUCACCAUUUUUUCCAGAUGCCUAGCAUUUUUAAAGAUACAAAACAGGCACUCAGUAGGCAUUUAAUUACAUUGGAGAAAUAGCUGAGUUUUACUUACGCAUUUAUCUUUGAUUUUUCACCUGAAACUAAACCUGUAACUGACAAAAUAGAGUUGAACUCUCCCCUACCAACUGAUCUUUCAAGCAGCCUGUUUCCCAAGGUGGUAAUCUAGUGUUAGCAACUAGCAUUUCCUGUCUCCUUGUAUGUAACACCUGAGUUAUUAUUAUUAUCUCCUGUGUAUGUAACACUUGAGUUGUUAUUAUUAUCUCCUGUGGAGACUGAGCACGGCAUUUAUGUUAGUACAUGUCGUCCUAUUUUUGCUCCCAACACUCCACUUCCUGCAGGAAAGAACAGAUCUUAGCAAUGUUGCUCCCAUGCCUUCUCAACUGCCUGGAACAAAAAUGUUCAAUCUAUGUCACAUACCGACUUCCUCACUUUUUCCUGAAUUUUAACCCAAAAUUAGCUUUUCAUGGAAGCUCUUUCCUGGCUACUACAGCCACAGUUGUAACUCCUUCCUGCUCAUCCUCCUUCCCCAGCAUUGUCUCCUUAGAACUUACCAGUAAACAUACAUUUUGUUUA